AUGUGGCUGAAGACAUACCUGAGCUCGGGUGAAUGCAGGACACUUUGGUGCUUUGUGGCAGACGAAAUGUUAGCACACAAGAUAUCAUCAUCCAGAAACAAAGUCGAACCCUCAAUACGCCUAAACUCGUACCUACAAGAAUGGAAACACAAAGUAUCACAAAAAGAAAUCGGCCAAGACCUCGCAAAGAUGACAUCCACGGGCAAGAAAUUCGGAGUAGGAAUCGAAGCCAUUGCGGUCGCAAGAGAAAUCCAAGAAAAAAUGAUAAUCUGGUAUCACAAGAAAUCAAACGCCGUAAAUAAAAUGUGGACAACAAACAUACACGUCAUCAGAUGCCUCAAAGAGAAACACCGAAUGAAAACGGUAGGGGACGCGGUACUCCUCGCACGAAAGAUAGGAAUGGCAAGGCACAAAGCAACCAGGAACUGCCGCUGUAACGCAUGCACACUGACAAGAACAGUAACCGGAUGUAACAACCCCAGACUAUGCUACGAGAAAGCAAAGUCAAUGCUGGACACCCUCAACCCGAAAUGGGACCCCAGGAAGAACCAACUGGAAGACUAUGAACACCAGAUGACCCCCAAAGAAGAGGAAGACGGAAACGUAUCGAGAGAAGUAGACCAAAGACUAACCACCACGGGAGGAAUAGAAGACCUCUUCCAUAUCUUCACGGAAGGAGAACGGAACAAGAGCAAAACCGCGCCAGAACGCAAACCAGCUGAAAACCCAGAAGAAGAAACAAUUGAAUGGGAAGUAUUCACAGAUGGAUCAGCCACCAACAAUGGUAACGACGGAACAGAAGCUGGAUCCGGCAUAUUCUUUGAAGGAGACAAUGCACUGAACACAGCGAUAAAGAUUCCAGACGAAUUCAAACCAUCUAACCAGGUAGCAGAACUACUAGCAGUAAAAGAGACCGUGGAAAUGUGCCCGCCAGGUGCACCUAUACACAUUAAGUCAGACUCGAUGUACACAAUCAACGGACUAACCAAAGACCUCAAAAAGAAUGAGGACCAAGGAUUCCUCCUUGCUGCCAACGGCAAAACAAUGAAACUAACAAUAACUAAGAUCCGGAACCGCAGAGCAUGCACAAGACUCACCUGGGUCAAAGGACACUCCGGAAUACAUGGAAACGAGGAGGCAGACAGAUUAGCAGACAAAGGACGCAGAAAAGACAAGCCCGACAUCAUCGAUACAACAGUCGACGAUGGACUAAUCCUCCCAGGAGCAAAGAUCCAAGCCAUGACACAAUCAGUUGCAUAUAAGAUAAUACGCAAGCUCAAGAUGCAGAGCGACCGCUACCAAGAUGCACUAGACCGCAAAGCGACGAACACCAACAUAGAAACUGCACAAGAAGCAACCAAAGACCUAAACAAAGAGUCAGAAGGCCCGGCAACGAAAGCAAGAAUAUGGACGGCAACGAGGCACAAGGACUUCUCCAGAAGUGUGAGAUACUUCCUAUGGAUGAUCAUACACGAAGGAUAUAAAGUCGGAAAGCACUGGACAAAGAUCCCAGGACACGAGGAGAGAGCGAAGUGCCACCACUGCGGAGGGGAGACCAUCGAAACAAUGAGGCACAUCCUGCUGGAAUGCAAUGCAGCCGGACAGCGGAAAGUAUGGCAACUGGCAGAUACAAUAUGGCAAACAAAAUCUGGGAAAGAACUCAACAUCGAUAUGGGGAAGAUCAUGGCCUGCGGUGCAAUUGAUACUGGAGACGCCGGGCUAUCAAGAUUCUUCAGAAUACUUGUAUCCGAGUCGGCCCACCUAAUCUGGAGAAUGAGGUGCAAACAAGUGGUUGAGAACACUCAACACGAGACUGCUCAUUGA